GCUGCAUAUUUUUUUCUUCUCCAUCUAUCUCCCUAGCCGACGCCAUAGCUGCUAAAAAUAGCUGUUGAAAAUUGAAAUUAAAAUUAAAAAAAGGCUCUAUCUUAAUCCAAUCCAAUCCGUUUCUUUGGUGCACACAAUCGAAGAGUAUAUAAUUAGACAACAAAAAUUCAGUGAGAGAGAAGCUAUAAUUGCCAUUUUUCAAUUCAAUUCAGUUAUUGUCAAUUGUCAUUUGGAUUUUUUUUCCUCUCCCUUUUCCCUUGUGGAGAAACCUCGGUGAUCAAUUCUUCGCCAUUUUCCCGAGGCAAUCCACAACCCACGUUUUUUUUUCCUGUUCUUUUCAACCUUCCAUUUGAGUUUUGUUUAUCUUAUUUUGGAUAUCUGAAUACACCCAUUCAUCUAUACAGGUUUUCAAGGGAGAUUUUGGGUUUUUUUCCCUUUGAUUUUCUGGGGAAGUGCAUAAAUUUUUAAGGGACAAAUUCCGAGUAUAUACGUAUUAGUUUUGAAGGGAGAUAAAUCGAUUUUGUUGAAGGAAAUGCGAGUUAAAGAAUCGAUUUUGAGGAAAUGCGAGUUAAAGAAUCGAUUUUGAGGUUAUAGAGACAAAUUUUUAUGUGGGUAUUCUUAUAUUUGAAGGGAAAUUCUGAGGGAUUACAAUAGAUGAGAUGGUUUCAAGGCAAGUGAUGCCUGCUUGUGAUACGUUAUGUUUCUUUUGUCCUGCAUUGCGCACGAGAUCGAGGCAGCCCAUCAAGCGCUACAAGAAAUUGCUGGCCGAUAUAUACCCUCGAGCUCCGGAUGAACAACCAAAUGAUCGAAAGAUUGGUAAACUCUGUGAAUAUGCUUCUAAAAACCCUCUCCGUAUUCCAAAGAUCACAAGUUCUCUUGAGCAAAGGUGUUACAAGGAUUUGAGGACCGAGCAGUUUCAAUCUGUAAAAGUUGUUAUGAGCAUCUACAGGAAGUUGUUGAUUUCUUGUAAGGAGCAAAUGCCAUUGUUUGCGAGUAGCUUGCUUAGCAUCAUACACAUUCUACUAGAUCAAACACGGCAUGAUGAUGUACGCAUAUUAGGAUGCCAAGCUCUUUUUGAUUUUGUGAAUAAUCAGAGAGAUGGUACUUAUGUGUUCAAUUUAGAUGGCUUGAUUCCAAAACUUUGUCAUUUAGUUCAGGAAAUAGGAGAGGAGGGAAAGAUAGAACAUAUUCGCACUGCUGGGCUUCAGGCCCUUUCAUCAAUGGUUUGGUUCAUGGGUGAAUUCUCUCAUAUUUCAGCAGAUUUUGAUACUGUGGUUUCGGUUGUCUUGGACAAUUAUGAAUGUCAGAAGAGUAAUUCAGAGGCAGAUGGUUUCCAGAGUGAAUGUGUUGAAGAAGAUUCUCCUUCACCAGAUGCCCUGACAAGGAUUCCUUCUUGGAGGAGGAUUGUUAGUGAGCAAGGCGAAGUUAACAUAUCUCUGGAGGAUUCCAAGAACCCUACAUUUUGGUCAAGGGUUUGCCUGCUUAACAUGGCACAGUUGGCCAAGGAAGCUACAACUGUGCGACGUGUCCUUGAAUCAUUGUUCCGCUAUUUUGAUGAUGGUGACCUCUGGUCUCCACAAUAUGGUCUUGCUCUUUCUGUCUUGCUGGAUAUGCAGCUAAUAAUAGAGAAAUCUGGACAAAAGACGCACUUCGUGUUGUCCAUCUUAAUAAAGCACCUUGAUCACAAGAAUGUUCUUAAAAAGCCCAAUAUGCAACUAGACAUUGUUAAUGUUGCCACCUGCCUUGUCCGACAAACAAAGGUUCAGCCAUCUGUUGCUAUAAUAGGUGCACUAAGUGAUAUGAUGAGACACCUGCGGAAAAGCAUACACUGCUCACUAGAUGAUGCAGAUCUAGGGACUGAAGUAAUUGAAUGGAACCGUAGAUUUCGAGCAGCAGUGGAUGAGUGUCUUGUGCAGAUAGCGUACAAGGUUGGAGAUGCUGAUCCUAUCCUUGAUGUGAUGGCUGUAAUGUUGGAGAACAUGCCAAGUAUUACUGUUAUGGCCAGAACCCUAAUUAAUACUGUUUAUCGUACUGCUCAGAUAGUGGCAUCCCUGCCAAAUUUGUCCUAUCAGAACAAGGGUUUUCCUGAGGCACUAUUUCAUCAGUUACUUCUGGCUAUGGUCUGUGAAGACCAUGAAACGAGGGCGGGGGCACACCGCAUAUUUUCUGUUGUUCUUGUCCCAUCUUCUUUUUGCCCCCGUCCUACUGCCACUUCCAUCCCCAAUAAGGCAACCAAUAUGCAAAGGAUGCUCUCAAGGAAUGUAUCUGUGUUUUCUUCUUCAGCUGCUCUCUUUGAGAAACUGAAAAAGGAAGAGCAUUCUUCACAAGAAAAUAUUUCUGAAGACACAAAGAACAAAAUUGUAGCCAAUGAGGGUUCAACAUUAAAUAAUCCUUCCAUGCUAAGUAGAUUGAAGUCAAGUUACAGCCGAGCUUAUAGUGUGAAAAGGAACCCACCACCAAUAACAGCAGAUGAGAUGACCACAGAAACCAGAGGUUCAACAUUAAAUAAUCCUUCCAUGCUAAAUAGAUUGAAGUCAAGUUACAGCCGAGCUUAUAGUGUGAAAAAGACCCCACCACCUAUAACAGCAGAUGAGAUGACCACAGAAACCAGCACCUCAAGCAAAGAACAGAUAAUGUCCCUUAGGUUGAGCAGUCGCCAGAUUACCCUUCUGCUUUCGUCAAUUUGGGCACAAUCCUUUUCUCCUUUAAAUGCUCCUCAAAACUAUGAAGCAAUUGCUCAUACUUACAGCCUGGUGUUGCUAUUUGCCCGGACCAAGAACUCCAGCAAUGAGACUUUGAUUCGAAGUUUUCAGUUAGCGUUUUCAUUAAGGAGCUUUGCUCUUGGAGGAGGGCCACUACAACCAUCGCGUCGACGAUCACUCUUUACCUUGGCAACAUCUAUGAUUAUCUUUUCAUCAAAAGCCUUCAACAUUCGGCCUGUUGUUUCUUGUGCCAAAGCUACACUUACAGAUAAAACAGUUGAUCCAUUUCUACAAUUGGUUAAUGAAAGCAAGUUACAGGCUGUUAACAACCAAAUGGAGCACCCAAGGAAAGUUUAUGGAUCUAAAGAAGAUAAUGAGGAUGCUCAAAAGUCACUUUCGGCCAUAAAAAUAACAGAGAGCCAAACAAAAGAAUCAUUUGCUACCAUGAUAGCCAAGUUUCUAGGAACAUCAUCAAACCAAGAUUCUGCGAUAAGAGUAGAGUUGCUUAAAGAUUUUGUGCCAGAUGAUGUAUGUCCAUUGGGAGCUGAUUUAUUCUUGGAGAUGUCAGAACAAAUGUCCGAGUUUGUAGUGGAAGACAAAUGUUCUGAGAAGGUGGAGCCUCCACUAUUCACAGUAGAUGACAGCCCUCUACCUAAUACAUCUGAAGGUCAAAAUGAUCCCGGUUUGCUGCUGACCCUAGAAUCUCCCACGCUUCUGAGUGUUGGUGAACUUUUAAAUGCAGUUUCAGAAACAACAAAUCAAGUUGGAAGAUUUUCUGUCUCAACCCCACCUGACUUGCCUUAUAUGGAAAUGGCUGGCCAUUGUGAAGCCCUUUCAGCAGGAAAGCAGAAAAAGAUGUCUGCUUUAAUGAGUUCUCAGCAAAGCGUGAUUAGAAUAUCUGCUUAUGACCAAAUCCAACCAAUGCAGGCUUAUGAACAUAACCAAGCAAUGCAAAUGCCAUCCAAUUUUCACUUUCUGCAGUGUGGAAACCCAUUCCUUGACCAAAAUUUUGGUCCUAAUUCACUCAACCCAUCUACUCCUGCUGGUCUUUUGCUUUGCGCAACAGAGUAUCAGCAUCUUCAGCACUUCAAGUUGCCAGCUUCUAGUCCCUAUGAUAAUUUUCUCAAGGCUGCUGGAUGUUGAUGCUGUAACUACUAUAGCAGCUCUCAACAAGGCUCAGACUCUAUAUCAGAGUUAGGAAAUCUUGAGUGGUACACUGAGGGUAACGAAGGCUUUAGUCCUCCAUGUUGCUACUGUUUUUUGGAAUCAUAUCAGGUAGGGACCAGCUACCGAUGGAUCAGCAAUUCAUCAUUGCCAUUUUGUUUUGAUAUCAGUUUAGGAAUGAAGAUCAAAUUCAAUGGGGGAGUUAAGAAUGAAGCUCCAGUAGCACAUUGGAGACAAAAUUUGGCGUUCUUGUUCCUGCUGUGUUGAAAUUUUAUCAUUCAGGUACUAGCAACUAUUGAUGGAUCAGUGAUUUUUUCCUGUCGAUUUCAGUUUGAACAUUUGAUGUCUUCAUUCAUUUAUUCUUUUAUCUUCAUUCUUUGAAGGGGAGGGCUUUUUCCUCUCCCUUCUUUUCUCCCCUUAAAUUGACUUGUAUAUAUAAUGAAUUUUUUGAGAAUUCAUACUGCUCCUUCAGAUACUGCAACUCUGCAAGGAGCUUUUAUGGUAAUAUAUUUUUGGUAGAAGUGAAAGUUUGUAUAGUUUGGAUUGUAUAUGAAUGGGAUUACUUUAUGUUAAA